AGCGCGCGGCCCGGCCCGGCAUCACUCUGACGCGCUGCUCCACGCUCAGGCAUGGCGCGCAGGUCGUCCGUCUCCUCGGUCAGCUCCGAGAAGCGGCUCGCGGUGCGCGAUGGCGACCCCAGCCGCAUCCUGCAGCCCACCGACUCGAGCGGCCAGCAGUGCGGCGUGUCCCCGGCCGUGUCCAACAAGCCGUACUUGCUCUUCUUCGACCCGUCGCUGUGCGCGCGGCCCACCGCCAACGUCCUGGUCAACGGCUGCGCCUCGCCCAGCGCGUGCGUCGCGAGCUGCCCCAAGGAGGAGUUCUACGCCCCGAACUACUACAAGCAGGCCGCCCUGAGCGGGCCCCCGCCCAUCUGCCUAUUCCAGCAGAGCUCGCCCACCACGGGCGCCGAGCUGCGCAAACUCGUCGAGAGCAACAAGUGCGCCAAGUGGUACAAGAAGACCAUCGCAGUGGGCAAGUUCUGUGUCCCCGACGUGAUGGGGUUGGGGCCGAAUCAGCCUCUCGUCGUGGACGGCCAAGCCAUCGGCUCUUCGGUUGAGGACGUCACGAAGGGCGGCAACAUUAUGAUGGCGCUGCAGAGGGCGUACGAGGCCGGUGAGAAGGUGGUGUCGGACAUCGUGCAGUCGUACUCUUUCAUCAUCCUGGGGCUGGCCGUCGCCAUGGUGCUCUCCUUCUUCUACAUCCUGCUUCUGCGCUGGGUCACGGGGGUCAUGGUGUGGAGCUCGAUCCUCCUGGUCCUGGUGCUCCUCGGUGUCGGCCUGUACGCGUGCUACGCGUUCUGGGCGCAGCUCAAGGACGGCAGCACGGUAGCGCUGUGGGGUGACGUGCCUGCCGAGUUCCGCGGCAUCCUGGACGACCCGACCACGUGGAUGGCGUUCAUGAUCGUGCUGGCCAUCAUCCUGGGCGUGCUGCUGCUCAUGGUGCUCUUCCUGCGCAAGCGCAUCUCGCUCGCCGUCACCCUCAUCGAGCAGGGCGGCAAGGCCGUGAGCAGCAUGACGUCCACCCUGUUCUUCCCCGUGGUGCCGUGGGCGCUGCAGGUGGCCGUCGUGGCCUACACGGCCACGGUCGUGCUCUACCUCGCCACCUCGGGCGUUGCCAUCUACAAGACGCACGGCCUGAACGACACGAGCUGCACUUGCGUGGCGGUGAACAUCAAUAGGGAUGGCGUUGAUUGCAUUCCCAGUAACUUUAACCACGAAUGUUCAAACUGUAUUGCCCAAGGAGCUUCUUGCCAAUUUUUCCGAUAUAACCCACCAGACUACACGAAAUGGCUCCAUGUGUUCAAUAUAUUUGGUGCUAUAUGGACACUAUUUUUCAUAUCGGGCAUGGCACAGAUGAUUCUGGCUGCCACCUUUGCUACUUGGUACUGGACUUUCCACAAAUCUGAUGUGCCGUUUUUUGUAUUAACUCGAUCAUUUUUCAUGUCAAUUACCUAUCACACUGGCACUGUGGCAUUUGGUUCUUUGAUCAUUUCUAUUGUACGUUUUAUACGACUAAUUCUUGAUUAUAUUGAAAAGCAAGCAAAGCAGUACAGUGAUAAUUCAGUAGCAAAAUGUGUCAUGUGUUGCUGCAAGUGCUGCUUUGCUUGUGUAGAAGGUUUUCUUAAAUUUAUUUCCCGCAAUGCAUACAUCAUGUGUGCAGUCCACGGGAAAAACUUCUGUGCUUCGGCUAAAGAUGCAUUCAACCUUCUGAUGAGAAAUGUGAUAAGAGUAGUAGUUAUUGAUAAGAUUACGGACUUUGUUUUCUUCAUGGGAAAACUCCUUAUAACAGCAGUAGUUUGUACCGCUGUGUAUUUCAGUCUGCGGCAAUGGCCUCCAGACCCUAAACUGAACUACAAUGCAGUACCAGUUACUGUCACUGGUGUAGGGUCUUUCCUCAUUGCCAGUGUUUUCUUUGGUGUAUACAGUGUGGCAGUAGAUACCUUAUUUUUAUGUUUCCUUGAAGACUGUGAGCGUAAUGAUGGUACAGCAGCAAAACCAUACUACAUGUCUCCAAGCCUCAUGCGUAUCUUUGGCAAGAAAAACCGACGAGACUGAUUGUGUACAUGUUACAAUAACAAAGCCCCCAAGUCGGGGUCAAUCGUUCAAG